UGAGAGUUUUAGGCCACUAACAAACCAUGGCCAUUCGCCGUAAACGGUCCCCAUGCCUGCGAGGAUUCGGCGUGAGUUAUUAAACGUCUUGCCCUCCUUUGGCUCCAUCCAGCGCAACGCAACUCCUCGCGAGAUGCGACUCUCACAUUCGACGACACUUUUCUGCCCACUCGCCGCCCUCGUACACAAUGGAGAAAGACGCCGCAAAACCUCAGCCGCCACUCGUUACCCAGGAGUCCGAGACAUGGAGUGUGAGCCGGGCGUCUGUUGAGGACGACUCUCACGAUGUCGGCCACCCGCCACAACUCACCCGCACCGUCUCCUCCGGGCCCCCGUACUCCAUCUUCACCUCGAGGGCGAAGCUCUUCAUCGUCAUGGCCGUGUCCGUGUCUGGCUUGAUCAGCCCAUUUGGUGCCGUCACUUUCUAUCCUGUCUUGAAUGUGCUGGCACGGGACCUGCACGUGACUCCAAGCCUGAUCAAUCUCAGCCUGACAACGUACAUGAUCGCCCAGGCCAUUGCUCCCUCGAUCAUUGCCGGCAUGUCUGACAAUAGCGGCCGGCGUCUGUCAUUCAUCAUCUGCUUCAUCAUUUACAUCGGCGCCAACAUUGGCCUCGCAUUGCAGACCGACUACGCCGCCCUCCUCGUCUUGCGCAUGGUCCAAGCCACCGGCUGCAGUGCCGCCAUCGCCCUUUCGAACGCAGUAGUCGCGGACGUCGCCACGUCCGCGGAAAGAGGCAAAUACAUGGGCUAUGCCACCAGCGGACUGCUCUUUGGCCCGGCCUUUGGCCCGACUAUUGGCGGACUACUCGCGCAGUACUUGGGCUGGCGCGCCGUCUUUUGGUUCCUCGUCAUCUUCACUGGCGUUCUGCUCGUCAUCUUCGUCAUCCUCUUCCCCGAGACCUGUCGGAACGUGGUGGGAAAUGGCAGCAUUCCAGCCAAGGGGGUCAAUCUCUCGCUGCUCGGAUACCUGCAACAGCGACGGCAUGCCCGUGAGAACGAAUCCAUCCACGCGGAUCAAGCUUCGUUCAAGCUGAACAGGAAACGAAAAGUGACCUUCCCCAAUCCCCUGGCCGUGGCCAGAAUUAUUAUCCAGAAAGAAAGUGGCAUCAUCCUUCUUUACAACGGCCUCUUCUUCACGAGCAUGAUGAUCACCACCGCUUCUCUGCCUCACUUGUUGUUCACCACCUACGGCCUGGACACCCUAGACAUCGGGCUGUGUUACAUCGCAUUGGGAUGCGGCAGUCUCGCCUCCACACUGACCAUGGGCCACGUCGUGGAUUGGAACUUUAGGCGGCAUGCUCGCCGGUUGAACUACGUCAUCACAAAGGGAAGGCAACAGGACCUCAGGGACUUUCCUAUCGAAGUUGUGAGGUGUGAGAUUGUCAUCCCCGGUCACAUCAUCGGAACCCUGGCCACCCUGGCCUUCGGAUGGACGAUCGAUUUCGCAACGCCCCUCGCCGGGCCAGAAAUCGCAAUCUUCUUCCUCGGAUUCGGCGUGUCCACGGUCUUCAACCUCACCAAUACCCUCCUGCUCGACCUCCAUCGAGACACGCCGGCUACAGCCACCGCGGCGGUGAACUUUGUCCGCUGUCUCAUGACCGCUGCCGGCGCAGCUUUCAUCAUUCCCCUCUGUAAUGCAAUCACCCCCGGCUGGGCCUUCACCCUGUUGACGGGGGUGUAUGCUUUGUCCAUCUCGGGGUGUUUCCUCAUCAUGAAAAAGGGACAGCAGUGGCGAACCGAGGCUGCAGCGAAGAAGGAGAAAGAGGCGGAAAAGGUGGCUGCUGCCGCUCAGGCGGAUCUCGAGGCACAAGUCGAGUCGGACCGCCGGUUACAUGAAGUUGACGGGAACGAAGACCACGGGGAGGAGCUAGAGAAGAUGUCUAGCGCUGACAAGAAGUGAUGAUGACGCUGGAGAGCAUAUAGAUAGAUGAUAAAACGACGUAACGUAUAGCAGCAUGCAUUCAUUCAACUCUGAGCGAAGUUUAUGG